AUGGUAGAUACGGCCAUGGCGAGUCAGGUGUUGCUCUCAAAAAGCAACGUGUCCAUUUCCGCUGAAACAACGCUUGUCGAUUCGGAUGGCGUCCAUGGAGCCUCUUCUGGAGACAUCAUCGAAUACAACAUCAAGUUGAACAACACGGGCACGACAACCCUUAACACCACCGUCGUUUGGGACCCAAUAUUGGAGGAGCAGCUGCAAAAGGGCCUUAACGUGGCGGAAAUAGCCUGCACACCUCCCCUGACCGGACUGAUUCUGAAUCCUGGGAGCAUUGUCAUCUGCACCGCUUUCUACACCGUGCAACAAACGGACGUGAAUGGCGGCUUCGUUGAGAGCACCCUGACCGUCCGAACAUUGAGCCCCGCGGGCCCGGUCGAGGCAACCUCCGCGGUGGACGUGGCCCUUGAGCCGGUGUCUUCUAUUGAACUCGUGACCAUGACGAACACCGACCUGGGGAAGGAUGGCGUCUUGAACGCCGGCGAUGUCAUCGAGUAUAGCCUGGAUGUGGCCAACACGGGUAACACCUGCCUCAUGGAUAUCCAUGUCACGGACGACACGAUGAGCGUCGGGUGCGACGUAUGGUACAGAGGCUCCGCGGAUUUGGACGCGAUGUUCUGCCCCCAAGACGACCCGUACACUUGCAUCGGCACCUACGUGAUCAAACAAGAGGACAUGGAUGCGGGAGGCUACAGCACAACAUCCCGUGCGACGUCGGUCAGCCCUAACCGGACUAUUAUAGAGGACGCCGAAGGCAGCACCGUAGAGCUCAAAGGAGCGGCGAGUAUCUCAGUCGACGUAGGUACAUCGUAUAUCCCGGAUGAUCAGGAGGGGCUCGCCACAGUGGGCGAUUCUAUCACAUGCCUCUUCAACGUCACAAACAGCGGCAGCGUGUCGUUGUGGUCGAUCGAGGUUAUUUCUCCCGUGGUAUCUGCAAUUUCAUGUGAACGUGAUGAAGAUGAAGGAGAGAAGACGCUAGCGCUGGACGAGACUUUGAACUGCGUCGGGCACUACAUCGUAACCCAGGGGGACAUCGACUCUGGAUUUGUGGUGACGGACGCAACCGUAAAGGCUGACAGCCCUCUCGGUCAGGUGGAUGCUGUGAAUAGUGCGCGCCAAGAUCUCCUCCAGAGACCGUCAGUCAGCAUAGAAACGAGCGGUACGCGGGAAGACGGGGACGGAGAAGACAGAAUUGCCAGACCGCUCGAGCAGGUCCAAUAUUCCUACAGCGUCGUCAACAAUGGGACCGUGACACUGACCAACCUCACCGUCGCUGACACUGUCAUUGACGGUGUAGUGUGCUCCGAGCUGAGCCUUUCCCCAGGGGAAUCGUUCCCGUGCUUCGAUAACACGUACCUGAUCGACCAGGAUGAUGUCGACAAUGGAGAAAUCAUCAACAACGCGAUAGUGGAGUCGAUGAGCCCGCAGGAUGUGUCUGUAAGCGCAUUUGCAUCAAGCAGAGUUCCACUGGGCCGGACGUUCGGCAUAGCAAUCGGCAAGACUUCCAAAUAUAUGGGUAACGCCGAUCGAGCCAGCGUCGACGACGAAGUGAUGUACUCGUACGAUGUCCACAACAACGGCACGACAACUAUGUCGGACAUCCAGAUUGUCGACAGUAUGGUGCCGACCACGGAUUCGGAUGCUGAACUCAGUUGCAACGCAUCCCUUGCGUCCAUAUCACCCGGGGCGAGCAUCAACUGUCAAGCUUUAACUGCCUUCCUCGUACGCCAGGCUGAUAUCGAUUCCGGUGAAUCCACUAGCGCUGUCGUCGUAAAAGCAAUGCCUCCAGGGGCUAAUGCAGAACCCGUUACGUCUUCAUCGCAUUCGACGGUGCCACUGCCCCAAGCCCCGGGUGUAUCCAUCACAAAGACGUUGUCGACACACACCGUUGCCCUUGGACGAGACCAAACCAUCGUCGACGCGGGAGACACGAUGAACUUUACAAUGAGUGUUGAAAAUGUUGGAAACACUUGGGUCAGCGCUAUCGUCGUUCUCGACCCAUUCCUGGAGGGUAUCGCGUGCUCGCCCGACUUGUCCGCCUCGGACUCUCGCUUUGCGGUUGGCGCGGCGGCAGUGGUAUGCACCGCAACUGUGCCUGUGGACCAGGCUAUGGUGGACGACGGUUUCAUGGAAAGCGAGAGUACGGUUACGGCCAUUCCACCCAUAUCUACGGACACGGUCGAAGCCAGUUCGACCUUGCGGACGGAUCUUCCACGAGAUCCACGCAUAACGCUGGGCAUCACUGUUCCAUCUGGAAAGUGGACGGACGGCAACGGAGACGGCGACGCUGACCCACGCGAAAUUAUUUCGUACAGUCUCAUCAUCACAAACACGGGGAGCGUGUCGCUGUACAACUUGAAGGUGGAAUCGGACACGAUCGGAGCGGAAAGCAUUGAAUGCCCAACUUUCCCCGAAAGUGGGAUCGCCCCGGGUGUGACGGUCACGUGCUCUGCGGAAUACGAGUUGACGCAGCACGACAUCGACCAAGGCGCAGUCGUCACCAUCGCGAACGUGCAGACUGAGAACCCGAUGGGAGAAGUGACCAACGCCACCGGUUCCCAUGAGGAAACUUCUAUGACUCGCCUUCCCGGAAUCAGCCUCGGUAUGAAUGCGGUGUGGGCCGAUGGCAGCGGUGUGGGCGGGCUCGUGGAUGGGUACGCCGACGAGGGUGACACUAUCUCUUACACGUUCACGAUCGCCAACAGUGGAAACGUUCGAGUGACCAACAUGGAACUUUUCCACGAAGGAGUGCUGCUGCCUUGCGAACACCCGUCCUUUUUCUACCCCGCGGAUGAUGCAUACGAGUGCAAACGCGUGCUAACCUUGGGAUGGGCCGACAUCGAGGCGGGGGGCUUAAACACUAGUGCCACGGCAACCGCGGCUGACAUCAAUCUACGCUUCGGUGUUGGCGAGCUCGAAGUAAACCAAAUCAGCACGGUCGUGCUCUUACCGCCGCCUUCAAUUGACAUCGGUGUCACCAGCGACUUCGUGGAUGGCGGAGGUGACAACGCCAACUCCCUAGCCGAUGUAGGAGAGACCAUCAGCUACGAGAUUGUGUUGGAGAAUGAUGGGCAUGCCGUACUCAGCUCGGUUUACAUCCAAGCCGCCAUCUCAGGCGAUGCAGGCGCCUUUACGUGUGAUGUCCCUUUCUCGGACGCCACCACCCAAGAGGAAAACGAAGCCCUUGCUGCGGCGGGCAAGGUUCUCCUGGCAAGUGACGUCGCCGUCGGGGAAUCGAUAGUCUGCCGGGGCACGUACGUACUGACGCCGGAUGAUGUCGACGCCCUGGAGACCGUGAGCACUGUCUCAGUGUCCGCCGCCGACAAGUUCGGCAAGGAGGUAACGGAUGAAGCGACGGCAACGACAUCACUCGAACAGGUCGGAUCGGUGGCCGCGAAGGCGGCAUUCACCUACGCCGACAGCACUUCGGCCGCUACCGUCGGCGACGUGGUCGACUUCUCCUUCACCGUCAAGAACGCGGGGCUGCUUACCUUGUUCGACAUCAACGUGCACAGCGUCUACCUCGAAGACCGGGCCUCCACCAUCUCCUGCGGCCUUGAUACGGCUAGCAACCCCACCGUCGUCGGCUCGUUGGCCGGAGGAGUGGGUGGUAUGAUGCCCUACCCGGAAGGCGGGCUGGUCCCGGGUCGGUCCAUUGAGUGUACUGCAAGCGUGGAAAUUUUGCAAUCGGAGAUAAACGUGCGUGACUUGCCAGUCGACGUUAGGACGACAGCGAUGUACGAAGGGGACGCCAAUGUUUUGAGCGAGACGACGUCGGCCUCCGCGGAAACCCACGUGACUCUCCGCCAGGCCCCUGUGCUCGGAGUAGAAAAGACCUUCAGCCUAAUGGGCGAGUCGGGCGUUGGUGGGAUGGUCGAUUUCAACAUUACCGUGAAGAACGAUGGCAACGUGGACCUUGUGGAUGUGGCCUUGACCGAUGCUAUGUUCCAGAAUGACGGAGGCGGAUACGACCUUGCUUGCAACGACGGCGCUCUCUCGACUUUGGUGGUCGGCGAUUCUUUCUCGUGCUCGCCCCAAGUGAUCAUCUUGCAAAGUAACGUCGACGCUGGAAGCAUGGGGAGCACAGCGAGAGCGACUGCCUUGACCACGCUGUCUACCCCGGUUCAAGGCUCGGCAAACACGACGGUGACAUUCAUCCGCGAGGCGUCACUCUCGUGCCAGGCUAACGGCACGUACGUCGAUUCCGACGACACAAACGGCCCGUCCUCUGGUGACAUGAUCUCUUACGUUUUCGACAUCGAGAACAACGGCACUACCACGGUGUGGAGCAUUGUGAUAGAUUCCGGAUUUGUCGGUCCCGUUGUUUGCUCUCCGCCACUGGAAUCGCUGGAACUUGGCCCUGGCGGCAAGACGGAGUGUACGUCAACCUAUCAGAUGGACCAAGACAACCUGGACGCCGGCGUCGUGACGAACUCUGUCGUCGUUAGCGCCACCAGCCCCGUUGGAGACACGACAGCUCGGAUAGAAGAGGACGUCGAAAUUGAGCGAGAGUCGUCGCUUGCCGUCGGUAAGCAUCUCUCAUGUGGCCGACUUGGUACAAUACCCGAACAAAGCACAAGGUGGGGCAGACAAUGA